AUGGCAGCAGAAAUUUUAGGACACUCUGACAAAGUUAGCAAAGAAAUUCACGAAUCUACUUUGCGAAAACUGAAACUUUUUGAUUCCUUACGCGGGAAAGAUGUCAAAGAAUCGGCGAUUCCUUUCUGGGAUGUGGUUGUAGUGACUGCGGUCGAUAAAAAACAACUUUUUGCGUACGAACUUCAAAUCGAAGCAAAACUCUCUCGUGGCGAGCUGCCGAAAGGUGUGAUUUUUAAAGUUGUAAGCGACCCGGCUGGACCAAAGAUUGGAAAUGGCGGUGCAACACUGCAUGCUAUAGAAGAACUGGAGAAAGGUCUCGGGGCUGAAUUUUUGAGCCAGUGUAAAAUAUUGAUGAUUCACGCCGGGGGCUUUAGUCAACGUUUACCAAGUGCCAGUGUUCUUGGCAAGAUCUUCACAGCUGUACCAUAUG